CAAGAACUCGCUUUCCAAGAGACGAGAACAAGUUCAGUUAUCCGGCGAGAACUUGAGAAGAUGGGUAUUGGGUACAGGUGGCCUGUCGCCAAGACCGGAGUAGUCGCAGAGGUUGGCUCUGGAUUACCGCCUUUUGUUGCACUUAGAGCAGACAUGGAUGCUUUACCCAUUCAGGAACUGGUUGAUUGGGAGCACAAAAGCAAAAUUGAUGGCAAGAUGCAUGCUUGUGGACAUGAUGCUCAUGUUGCAAUGCUUCUCGGCGCUGCAAAAAUCUUGAAACAACUGGAAAAACAAUUACAGGGAACGGUGGUGUUGAUAUUUCAACCAGCGGAAGAACAAGGCGAAGGAGCAAAAGCGAUGAUCAAAGAAGGUGUUUUGGAGAACGUGGAGGCCAUUUUCGGUCUACAUUUAGUCCUGAGCUCUGAUUCUGGUGUGGUUGCAACCCGGCCAGGCGAAUUUCUGGCGGGAUGUGGUACUUUCAAGGCCAAGAUCCACGGCAAAGGAGGUCAUGCCGCACUCCCUCAAGAUUCUAUUGAUCCCAUUUUGGCUGUUUCAGCAUCCAUAAUUAGCUUGCAACAUAUUGUUUCUCGAGAAGCCGAUCCCUUGGAUAGUCCAGUGGUUUCGGUGGGGAUGGUGGAUGGUGGAAGUCAGCUUAAUGUGAUUCCUGACUCGGUUUCCAUUGCUGGUACUUAUAGAGCUUUUAGCAAAAAGACCUUCUAUGCACUUGGAGAAAGAAUACAGGAGGUUAUAGAAGCACAGGCGUCAGUAUAUCGUUGUUCUAGCUCGUUUGAGGUUGAUUUAGAAGGAAGUGAGUACUAUCCUUGUGUGCCCCCAACUGUGAAUGACGAGAGGAUAUACAAGCACGUGGUGAAAGUCUCGAAUAUGAUGGUUGGAAAAAGUAAUAUGAAUAUGGGAGCUGGUCCUUUCAUGGGGAGUGAAGAUUUCGCGUUUUACUUGGACAUGAUUCCGGGGACGCUUGCUUUUCUUGGCAUGAGAAAUGUGAAGAAAGGGUGUGUCCAUUCACCGCAUAGUCCUUACUACACGGUUGAUGAAGACGUGCUUCCAACUGGAUCUGCGCUUCAUGCUGCUUUCGCCUAUACAUACCUGCUACCUAAUUGGCACGUACAUUAAUUAGCGUUUCUAAGCACCACACACUUUGAAAACCUUCCAUCAAUGCUAAGAUAUUUGUGGAUGUCAUUCUUUAUACAUCUAUUCUCUAUAUUUGGAUGUCGACAUAAUCAAUAUCUAC